UGGAAGCUUUGGAUAAGCCAGGAGAAGCCAUUUUAAUGAUUUUCCAAAGCCUCCAAGUUGCUAGCCAGAAACUGGAAUUUUGUUCAAAAAUGGCUAAGUCUGGAACUGAGUUGGAGGUGACUACUUUAGGGCUUCAUUCUGGACAGAUGGGGGAGAACCAUGGCCAGAGACGAGUACCCCAUGAAACUACAUUUCACAAUCUACAACGUAAAGGCAUUGGUUGAAGAAUUUGGAGUUCGUUUGAUCCUUGAACAAGGCGGCCAAAGUAACUAUGUUAAGCUGUUUUAUUUCCUUGUAAUGUAAGACUUGAUUUCCUUGUGCCACAAGGAUUAGUAGUAGUUAUUGUUAUAGUUGAACUAGGAUUAGUGUUGAUUCCUUUUAAGCGUAGGAUGGUGGUUGUAAUUGCCUAUAAAAGGCUUGGAACGUGAAGGGGUGAGCAGAAC